GUCAUCGGUCACUGGUCAGGCAUGAGAUGAACCCGCUCGUCGCUCUGCUUGUGACGGUCCUCGGGGGCGCUGUCCCGGCCAUGGGGCAGUUGAACCCCACGGACCGCGUAUCCCGAGUCACGUGCCGACAGCCCCCGGGGUCAAACGAGACCAUCUAUGACUACAAAUUCCGCGAUGUGUACCAGCAGAGGAUGGUGAGACUUGAUCACUACAGCGGUGACGUCGUUCUCAUUGUCAACGUCGCCACAUACUGACUAUGGACCCGACAGUACCACGGCAUGAAGGCACUCCAGCAGAAGUUCGGUUCGCCUGGAUUACGUAUAAUCGGUUUUCCAUGCAACCAGUUCGGCAAGGAGGAGCCUGGAGCCAAUGGUACUGAAAUCAUGAACGGCGUCAGAUAUGUUCGACCUGGGGGCGGGUUCGAGCCUAACUUUCCUCUCCUGGAGAAGAUCGACGUGAAUGGAGACAAGGAGGCCCCUCUCUAUACGUACCUGAAGAAAUACUGUCCCACAACAUUCCUGCAGUUUGCGAGCGACCUCUUUUACACACCCCUGAGGGUGGGUGAUGUGUACUGGAACUGGGAGAAGUUCCUCAUAGGGCGGGACGGUCGGGUGGUCAGUAGAUACCAUUCAAGCCUUGACCCACUCGACCAGACUCUGAUUCAGGACAUCAUGCACGAGCUUAAGAAGCCAAUGGAAGGCAACGACUUUCAUGGAAACGUGUGGUCUCGGUAAUGAAACAUUGGGGGACAAAUUCUACACAGAUGGAGAAGGUUUAGUAGGCAUGAUGAAAAGGAUGAGGGAGGGAGGGUGGGAGGGAGGAGGUUUUCAUCAAAGAUCAUCAUUGUAUAAAUUGAUUUAAAUUGCCGGGCAAACGAAAGUAUACAUCCAUGUUUGCUGGUGGCUAUAAAAUAAACUUGUCAAACAAAAAAUGGUUAUUCGACGGUGAUAUAUUUGAUACGGGUAUCAUAGUUGUAUUUUUGGACCUUACGUUUGUAGUGUUUCGGCGACUGUUUUCAACCUAUUAACGUUUUGAUAACAUAUAUACCUUUUUGGUCAAAUGCAUUUUUCAAGUAUAUACUUUCUUUUGCCCGGCAGUUUAGGUUGUUCAUAGGCACUGUGUUACUGUUAUGAUUGGGACAAUUUGGUGAGCAAUAAUGAUGGGACAAUCAGAAACAACGAUGUUGUGGUCGUUCCUGACGUCGCCAACCAGAAGUGAAGGUGCAACAUGGCGCUGUUUCCGGUAGGCUAGCUCAGCAUAUGUGUCACAUGAUUCUAUAAAAAUGGAAAUUAA